CGCAGGACGCGUCUGCUCUCGCUGCCGUCGCUCGGGUAGAGUGUUCCUACGCUAAUUAUCAUCGUCUGGUGGUUCUUUCUCGGGUUAGGGUUACCGGUGAGAAUCCUGGGAACAUUGUGUCUGCAAACUUCAACCAACAUGACCACCGCAGGCAGAUGGGCGGUUACUACAGCUGCCGCGGCUGUUACGAUCGCCCUUCUCAGGUGCGGAGGAGCGCCGCCUUGCCACGCCUUCCUUGCAUCAGGCGGCAUGGCAUUCGCGCCGCAGCACUCAUGCAGAGAAAGCAGACAUUGCAGGGCAACCAGCAUGUCCGUAGCAGACGGGCUUGACCUAUCAAAUGCGGCUGUUGCCGAGGUCGAUAAUGACGGGAGCGGUGCAACCAGCCGUCCAAACGGCGCCGCCGCUGCCGCUGGUUCAACUCCCGGCAACACCGGCGGGGCCACGGAAAAAAUGCAGCGGAAUAGUGGCGUUGCUGCUGCCAAGGCGGGAAGGCGAUGGAUCAAGGAGCUGAAGACGGGCGAUAAGGUUAUCGGGUACGUGGCGGACACAACAAACUUCGCUGCGUUUGUGGACUGCAGCGUCGUUCGGCAGGGGUCAAAGAACAAGAUUGUUCCAGUGACGGGGUUCCUCCACCUGACGGAUAUCAAACGUCCGUACGCGCUGGAGGGCACCCCCGGCGCCAAGGAUUGCGAGGUGGAGGUAAAGAAGGGCAUCCACCUCACGGCCUAUGUCAAGGACGUGUUCCCCAACGCGGGACGCAUGACUCUGUCUCUCGACCCCAACAUCAACAAGGACAAGGUCCUUAAACUGCGCGACUCGAAGCGGCAGCGAUCGCGAAACAGCCGAAGAGAGCGCCUCCACAAGAAGGGAAGACGGCACGCGGUGGGGGACAUCGUAAAGGGAUACGUCCGCGAGGUGCAUGAGUCGAUGCUUCUGGUGGACGUGAUGUUUGCUCAGUUGUCGGUGCUCCGCGCGAGCAAGAUCCGCAACUCGGGGGAAGGGGAAAAGUUCGUCAACUUGUCCAAGAAGACCAAGCCCGGUGACUUGAUCACCGUGCGCAUCGAGGGUAUCGAAACGAGCAAGCGGAGGGGGGCCAAGGACGGCAAGGCAACGAUCGGCUUCGUGGCAUGGGGAGGGCUCGGCGCGGCCGAGGACGAAAACCACCAAGAAGACGACGACUCUUCUGCAGCAGCAGCAGCAGCAGGGCAAGAGUUCGACAUUGACGCGGAGAUAGACGCCUUGCCCGCCCAACAACAAACCGACGCCGAAUCCGCCGGGCCUGACGCUGAUUUAACGAUGUAGCAACACCGGUAGAGGAGAAAGAGGAAGGCCAAGGGGAAGAAGGAGACCAAUCGCAGCAACCUGCCGCCGAGCAAGCACUGUAGGGGAAAACAUGUUUUCCGCGGUGCUGUUGUACUGUGUGCAAAGUGCUGCCGCUGCUGUGUUUUGGGACAUGUGCAAGGUUGCAGACGAAAAGCACGGGUUGAAGAACUGUGUCUGUGUUGGUUGGUAUUGGGAAGGUUUGGAUGGUCGAGCUCGGUAAAUGCAACAAUCGAAAACUCUGUGCGUAGCUGUUGCUCGUGGCUCGGGCGUGUCGCAGACGCGCUGUUCGCGGGUGGAUGGAUGUUUGCCUUGUUGGUUGUGUGGGGUCGUUCGACGUGUGCUGCCCUAGACUAGUUCCCUUGUUUCAGACCCUACAUGUAGGCGUUGCUGUGCGAUACAGCUUGUGUAAUUGACGCUACGUAACGCUCUCCUUUACGCCAAUAAACACAAACGGGAAGGGGAAAGAGAAAAAUACUGCCCUCUGGUAACAACUGGGAUUUGCGGGAUCCAGCGUGUUUUCAACUGAACCACUUGUCUGCUGUCUCCUUUGAGGACUCUGUGCUACUACUGCUGAAGGCCAUGUAGUCAGAAGCCAAGGAAUGCAAUUUUGCUA